GAUAUGACGUCACACAGCCGUCUCCAAAACAACCGGGUCGACGUUUCGCGUUAUGAAAUGUGCACGGUGAAGUGUUGAAUAAGUGCGCUCCUUUUGCCCCUACACAACACUUUAUAGAGCCCAGAUCGACUUCCGCUCCGACUGUUUUGCUAAAGGAAACUGCAAAGUAAAAGGAAAGCGGCCACAGUUUGAGAGCAGAGAGAAAAGCCGCGGGGAAGCAGCAUGGCAAAGCGGAGGGAGUGUGCAGAGACCGGGGCCCAUACAAAGAGAGCGAAGCAGGUGAAGAGAACAGGGAGCGGCGGGACUAGAAAGGCACGAGCCAGGGAGGACGAUGCAGAGGAAGAGGAGAAGCUUGCGAGGAAGGUCCAACCUAAGUCACGUUCUUCCACCAAACUGGCAGCAGUGAACGCAUCUUCCACCUCACCUGCUAAAACCGCCGCUGUCAAAACCAGUAAAUACUUCCAGUCAUCGAUGGAAGAGGAGACUGACAGUGAAGAUGACAAGACCUCAGCAGCACCUGUAUUUACAGGCAAAACUGGGAUACCAGAUGAGGUUGAAGACAGUGAGGAAGAGGAUGAUGACUGGGAGGAAGUGGAAGAGCUGACUGAGCCUCUUGGUCCAGUUGAGCCAGAACCUGCACUGCCCUCUCAGCCUGUGGAGAUAGAGAUUGAGACCCCAGAGAUGAGGAAAAGGCAGAAAAAACAGGCAGAGUUUGAGACAUACCUGAGGCGAAUGGUGAAUCGGUACAAGAAGGACCUGCUCAUAGACACACACAAGGUUCACCUCCUGUGCCUCUUAGCGAGCGGAAUGUUCCACAGCCGCCUUUGCAGUGAACCGGACCUGCUGGCCGUCACCCUGUCACUGCUCCCUGCCCACUUCUGCGCGGUCGACAAGGACCGCAUCGAUCAAAAUUACCUCUCUGGACUGCUCAAAUGGUUUAGAGCAACUUUCACCCUCAAUCCCAGUCUUCCUUGUGACGAGCUUCCAGACCCCCGGAGCCGACUGGAGAGGCGACUGGCCAGCCUCUCAGCCAAAACCUAUACAGAGAUGACUCAUCUUUUCCUCCUGGUGCUGAGGUCUCUGCAGCUUUUCUGCCGAUUGGUUCUGUCUUUGCAGCCCAUUUCUUUCAAACCCCCAUCAACCAAGGGAGCAACAAGUGCUAGUGCCUCAGAAAAGCGUCCAACAAGUCAGGGAACCUCCAAGACCCCCACCCCUGAGCUAAAGGCUUCUCCUGGCUCAAAGAGACCAGCUGGAGGGAGCUCCGCAAAAGGAGCCAGAGGAGGAAAGAAACCAAAGAAAAAAGAAAUAAAGGCAGAGGAUGACGAAGAGGAGGUGAAGGUCAAAGCAUCAACAGGGCAGAGACCGAAAAACUCCAAACGUCGCAGCGUCGCUUCCAAGGUCAGCUACAAGGAGGAGAGCGACAGCGCAGGAGAAGCGAUGAGCGACGAUGACGAUUUUCAGGCAACCAGCGGGGAAGAAAGCGAGGAUUCUGAAGGCGAGGCUAAAUCCAGGAAGGGAAAGACAGGGACGAGUAAGAGUAAGGUCAAAGUCAACAACAAAAACACAGCAGCUCCGAAGAAACGGAAUAGUGGAGGGUCAAAAAAUGUAAAAGAAGAAGAGGACCAAACAUGGGAGGAAGGAGAGGAGAGUGAUGGAGAAGAAGGAGUGGCUGAAACCAAAACGGAGCGAAGAAGAGGGAGGAAGAAGGAAGGGCGGGGAGCUGACGAGUGGUUGGAGGUGUACGUGGAAAAAACAUCCUCCUGGGUUUGCGUGAAUGUGGAGCACGGCGUUGGGGUCCCUCAGCUCUGCUUCAAGAAUGCAACAGCGCCCGUGACAUAUGUAGUGUCAGUGGACGGGGAGGGAUUCGUGAAGGACCUGGGAAGGAAGUACGACCCCAACUGGAUGACGUCUUCCAGGAGGAGGCGGGUGGAUGAAGACUGGUGGGAGGAAACGCUUGCCCCGUUCCUGGGACCCGAGGACGAGAGGAGCAAAAGGGAGGAGAAGGAGCUCCAGCACAAGCUUCUGAACAAGCCCAUGCCGAUAUCUAUAGCAGAGUAUAAGAACCACCCUCUGUACGCCUUAAAGAGACACCUGCUCAAGUAUGAAGCCAUCUACCCUCCAACAGCCACUGUGCUGGGUUACUGCAGAGGAGAGCCUGUGUAUUCCAGGGAUUGUGUGCAUACCCUUCACUCCAGUGACACAUGGCUUAAAGAAGCCAGAACUGUUAGACUUGGAGAGGAGCCAUACAAAAUGGUCAGGGGGUUCUCGAACCGCUCCCGUAAGGCCCGAAUGAUGUCUGAGAUGAAGGAGGAAAAUGAUCUGGCUCUGUUUGGAGAAUGGCAGACAGAGGAGUACCAGCCGCCAAUAGCGGUGGACGGGAAGGUUCCCCGUAACGACUACGGUAACGUCUACCUGUUCAAACCCUGCAUGCUGCCGGUGGGCUGCGUCCACCUCAGGCUGCCCAACCUGAACCGCGUGGCCAGGAAACUGGACCUCGACGCCGCGCCUGCAGUCACGGGGUUCGACUUCCAUGGAGGAUACUCUCACGCUGUGACUGAUGGUUACAUUGUAUGUGAAGAGCAUGAAGAGGUUCUCAGAGCUGCCUGGGUGGAGGAACAGGAGCUUCAGAAGCAGAAGGAGAAAGAGAAAAGAGAAAAGAAGGCGAUCUCCAACUGGACUCUGCUGGUAAAGAGUCUCCUGAUCAGAGAAAGGCUUAAACAGCGCUACGGCAAGAAUAACCAUGGACUGGGGAGCGCUGCUCACAGCGAAGACGCGGGCGGGUUGUCGUCCGACGAGGAGGUGGCUGAGGCUGGAUCUAAGACAGCAUCUGAGACCCUGGCCAUGUCCUGGCCCCAGAACAGACAAGCAGAGGAGGUCGGAGGAAGCCCCACUGGACUAAAGACAAAGACCCCGACUAAACGGGAGAAAAGAGGACAAGAAAAACAUUUGUUCCCUUUUGAGAAAGUUUGAUGCUGGAGAUAGAAAAUUCAGAAAUGGAAAAACUAGGUAGGGCGGUUACUCGUUCAUGUUCAUGUGUCUUUCAAGCUGGAUGAAAUGUUUCUCAGGUGCAAUUCAGUUCAACCCUGGAAUUUAUCACUGUCAAACUCUAAAUCUAGAUGACGUCUAAAUGACUGGAGGUGUUAAUGCAUUAAAGCCGGAGUCUUGGAUGUCUCAUGUCUAUCACUGCCAUGACUAGAGGUGAUUCUAGUCGUCCAUUUUCACCCGCUCGGUGGCAGCCAUCGUCUGAAACAAGCUGACCUCUAGUAGUCUUCCACCACUGUGUGAUAGUUUUGUGUCUCUUUUCAGUCAAUCCUGUGGGUUCUCUUAUUUCUGUUGGUUAACACUUUUGUAUACGUAACUGUUGGUACAUAGCAGAUUGUGGCUGUGUUUAAAAAUACUUUUUGCAAAAGUGAUUUUUUUGUAAUGUUGAGCAAAUGUUUAGAUGAAAAUAAAAUGCAAGACAAGCAAAAUGACGUAGUAUUUUUUUAACUAGUGUCUUUUAGAGAUUUUUAAAUGACAAGUUGUACCUAUAGCACCAUUACAAAGGCAUAUAUACAUUUAACUAGCAUCCUCAUGAUGGAGAAAAUGUUUCUUUUAGUGUUUUGUCCCUGAACCAAUCUAUAAAAACAUUUUGUAAAAUGGCCUUUUACAUAUUUAACAUAAGAUACUAACUCGUGUAUUUAUCCCAUCAAGGCUCAUUCCCUUUUCUCACAUUGACUCCGGUCGCCCAUAAACUGCCUCUGUGUUUGUCA